UAAUGCAGCAUCCAGCGCUCAUCACCGCAUCGCUCCAGCAGCAGAUCUCAUAGCGGUGGUGAGAAGGCAGGGAGCAGCGCGUAGGGAGGAGGGCGUAUGUCGAUUCGCCAGGGUGCCUGGAAAACUGAAGGAAACGCUGCAAGGGACGGCUUUUAGAUAUUUCGGGGCCUGCCAAUUAGGGCUCCGUUCAGGGUCGAUUACAUCGGUUUUUCAUUCACUGUGAAAUAGAGCCUUUUAUUUAUCCCACAAGAUGGGCAAUCGGGGAAUGGAGGACUUGAUUCCUCUGGUAAACCGAUUGCAGGACGCCUUCUCUGCCAUCGGACAAAAUGCCAACCUGGACCUUCCUCAGAUCGCAGUGGUCGGCGGUCAGAGUGCUGGGAAGAGCUCGGUAUUGGAGAACUUCGUUGGGAAGGAUUUUCUGCCUCGUGGCUCUGGUAUUGUCACUCGGCGCCCCCUAGUGCUGCAGCUCAUUAACUGCCCUACUGAAUAUGCUGAGUUUUUGCAAUGCAAAGGGAAGAAGUUUACUGAUUUUGAUGAGGUUCGUCAGGAGAUUGAGGCAGAAACAGAUCGCCUCACUGGCCAAAACAAAGGCAUUUCACCAGUCCCUAUCAGUUUGCGUGUCUAUUCGCCUCAUGUUUUGAAUCUCACCCUUGUGGACUUGCCUGGUAUGACCAAAGUGCCGGUAGGUGACCAGCCACCUGACAUUGAGUUUCAGAUCAGGGAUAUGCUAAUGCAGUUUGUGACUAAGGAGAACUGUUUGUUGCUGGCUGUGUCUCCGGCCAACUCUGACCUGGCCAACUCAGAUGCCCUCAAGAUUGCCAAGGAGGUGGACCCUCAGGGUAUGAGAACUAUAGGUGUGAUCACUAAAUUAGAUCUAAUGGAUGAAGGAACGGAUGCACGUGACAUCCUGGAGAACAAGCUUCUUCCUUUACGCAGAGGCUACAUUGGAGUUGUGAACCGCAGUCAGAAGGACAUUGAUGGCAAGAAGGACAUCAAUGCUGCAAUAGCAGCGGAGAGGAAGUUCUUCCUCACCCACCCAGCCUACAGACACCUGGCUGAUCGCAUGGGGACUCCCUACCUGCAGAAAGUUCUUAACCAGCAAUUAACCAACCACAUCCGAGACACUCUGCCAGGACUGAGGAAUAAACUUCAGAGCCAGCUGCUGUCCAUUGAGAAAGAGGUUGAAGAGUACAAACACUUCCGCCCCGAUGAUCCUUCUCGCAAAACCAAGGCUCUGCUACAGAUGGUGCAGCAGUUUGCAGUGGAUUUUGAGAAGUGCAUUGAGGGUUCAGGAGAUCAGGUGGACACAGUGGAGCUGUCCGGAGGUGCAAGGAUCAAUCGCAUCUUCCAUGAGCGCUUCCCCUUUGAGCUGGUUAAGAUGGAGUUUGAUGAGAAAGAGCUGCGUAAGGAGAUCAGUUACGCCAUCAAGAACAUCCACGGUAUCAGGACCGGUCUGUUUACUCCAGACAUGGCCUUCGAGACUAUUGUUAAACGGCAGAUUGCAAAGAUCAAAGAGCCGUGUCAGAAAUGUGUGGACCUUGUCAUCACUGAGCUGGUCAAUACAGUCAGGCAGUGCACCAAAAAGUUGGCUCAAUACCCCAUGCUUAGAGAGGAAAUGGAGAGGAUUGUCACCCAGCACAUCCGUGACCGAGAGAGUCGCACUAAGGAUCAGGUCAUGUUGCUAAUUGACAUUGAGCUAGCCUACAUGAACACCAAUCAUGAGGAUUUCAUCGGUUUUGCAAAUGCCCAGCAGAGAAGCAGUCAGAUGAAUAAGAAGAAGGCUGCUGGCAACCAGGAUGAGAUAAUGGUGAUCAGAAAGGGAUGGCUGACUAUCAAUAACAUUGGCAUCAUGAAAGGAGGAGCGAAGGAUUAUUGGUUUGUCCUGACCGCUGAGAAUCUGUCCUGGUACAAAGAUGAUGAGGAGAAAGAGAAGAAGUACAUGCUGCCAUUGGACAACCUGAAGCUCAGAGAUAUAGAGAAGAGUUUCAUGUCCAGCAAGCACGUGUUUGCUCUCUUUAACACUGAACAGAGGAAUGUGUAUAAAGACUACAGGCAACUUGAGUUGGCUUGUGACACCCAGGAGGAGGUGGACAGCUGGAAGGCAUCCUUCCUACGAGCUGGAGUUUAUCCAGAGCGCAUCACUGAUAAAGAGAAGCAGAGUGACGCUAGUGAGGAGAACGGCUCUGAUGGCUUCAUGCACUCCAUGGAUCCUCAGCUUGAGAGGCAGGUGGAGACCAUCAGGAACCUUGUGGAUUCCUACAUGGCCAUCGUCAACAAGACUGUGCGGGACCUCAUGCCCAAGACCAUCAUGCAUCUCAUGAUCAACAACACUAAGGAAUUCAUCCAUGCUGAGUUGCUGGCUAACUUAUACUCAUGUGGAGACCAGAACUCUCUGAUGGAGGAGUCAGCAGAACAGGCUCAGCACAGGGAGGAGAUGUUGCGCAUGUACCACGCUCUGAAAGAGGCCCUCAACAUCAUUGGGGACAUCAGCACCACCACCGUCUCCACUGCCAUGCCCCCGCCGGUGGAUGAUUCCUGGCUGCAGGUACAAGGAGUACCUUCAGGGCGCAGAUCUCCAAUGUCUAGUCCCACUCCCCAGCGUCGGGCCCCACCUGGGCCCCCUCGUCCAGGUGGACGCACUGCCCCAGGACCCCCUACCGCUGGAGCACCUCCUGUGCCAUCCAGACCUGGAGCCUCUCCUGACCCCUUCAGCGCCCCCCCGCCCCAGGUCCCCUCUCGUCCCAACCGCGCCCCACCAGGUGUCCCCAGAAUUUCUAUCAGUGACCAAUGAGGAGCUACGCAAAUGUCGGAGAGUGCCAGCCUCCCCCACCAGAUCCAACAGAGACUUGCUCACUGAGCAUUAACACUGGCGAUCAGCAGACAGAGGCAAACCACUGACUCCUCUGCCACUAUAUCACAUUUAUGCACACAAGCACAGUCCACAUACAUAUCACAUGUUUACUUGAAAGAGUAUCUUCUCUUCCACAAAUAUACACCAGGAAUGAACAUCAGAAACAUUAUAAAUAGAUGUGGUGCCAUGUAUUCUAUUACCAGCAUAUAUCCUGUAUUUAGGAAUGAAUAACACUACUUAUAAAAUGCACAGGGAUUGUCAGUAUAAACCAGCCUAUUUCACUGUUUUCUUUAACAUUUAUGCACAUGGAUGCUAGAUGACACUGACAUGUUUUUGCCUUUACUAGUAACAACUAAGCCUUAACCAGCAUCUGACUAGUUCUUAACCCCUCGAUACACCUGCCUGUCCUGCAUGUUUUUCUUAAAAAAUACAAUGUUACUUGUCCUACUGCUUCACUGACACUUUCAUUAUGUUACAAUCUUAUUUUAUUUCUUAACGAUUAGCAAGUUUCACCUUUUUAUAUUGCCUUAUAUUAAACUUUUUUUAUUUUUAUUUUUUUAUUAAUUGUAUACUAUUUUAUUUUAUUUGUUAAUAACCACCAGGACAGAAUUACAAAUCUGACAUGUUUUAACAAGUUUUUGGGAUGCUCUGAUUUAAUACAGUUCUUAUUAAUAUUUGAAUGUUAGGUUGCACCUUUCUGAGACUGAUUACAUGAAAAGAGAAAACAGUAAAUCAAAUAAAUAAAUGCAAGUGAGAACCAGUUCUUAUUCAGAAUAGGUUUCAACACAUUUAUGUUUCUUUAAAUAAUGAUUCUCACACAUUAUUCUGCAGAUGGAAAACACUAAAUAUAGACUAAUAUUCUCUUUUACAGCCCCAUUUAGCGAAACAGAAAUCCAAACAAAUGACUGUUAUAAGUCAGUCCUUUAAUAUCAACCACAAAGCCCUACAAGUGUAGUCCAAACAAAUGAAUUUUAGUGAAUCAGAUAUACACAGCACACUUUGGGCUUGUGAGAGAUAAAUCAGGGUUUCGGACGUGUUCAAGUAGUUUAAAUACAGUACAUUUUAUAAGAUUUGUCAGUAGUAUUUUCUAUAAAAAAAUGAAUGAAUUAAAUGUUUUGACCAUUUUUUGAUAACACCAACAUUUUACAACAGAUAACAGAGAAUUGCUAAUGGAAUUGUUAUGGAAUCAGAAUCAUUUAGAGGAAUCUGUUAAACUCCGUAUACCUGAAAAGAGGAAAAAAUUACUAUUCUUCACAUUUUUUUCAUAGCCAUCACAUUCACAAGCGCUAAUAUUUACUUAAGUGAACAAAAAGCCAUCAUACCACUUUUGACACUUGACAAACCCAUUCUUGUUCUUACAAAUCCAUGCAAUGACAAAAUCAUUUUCCAAGCUUUUUUUUCUUCUUUUUUUUCCUUUUAUUUGCUGUUCUUUUUUUUGCCUUUUAGCCGUCCAAGCAAAGGAAGCCCUUCUCACAGUGAGAAUCAACAUCCUUCAUUUGACUCUUAGAGUCGAUCAGCCUUCCUCCUCCUCCUCUCUUUCUCUGUCUCUGCACUGCCUCUCUUUCGCUGUGCUUUUCCUCUGACCAAGUGCAUCCUGGCAUUGCUGAAUGCCGAGCGUUACUGCAGCAGCAUGGAUGAAGUGCUUGAAAGAAAAGGCAGAAAGAUAAAUGAAGAAUGCGAGAGAGCUUGCUCCCUCUGUCUAAACUAUAUACACUAAUCACAUUGUAAUGGCCAUCUGAAUAAUACACCCAGUGUGGACUUUUUGAAGACACUGCAAUGUUAAUUAUACUGCAGAUGCUGUGUGGUGUUUGUGUUUACUCACAAGACAAUGUCGACUUAAUCUAUAUAGAGGUAUAUAGAGCUAAAGGUGAAUCUACCUUAUAUAAGCUUACAGAAUAUUCCUGUCUGCAUGCUAGUAUAAAGGAUAGCGGAUACACAAAGUAAAUAUGAUUUUUGCACUUGUUAUAUGAUACUGUGUGUGAAUGUAUUCUUCCUGUGAGUUUGAACAUUAUUUGAUCCCACGGUGUUUGUUUCAGCCACAAUGUCUCUUGUAUUUUCCCUAGCAAACUAAUAAGUCAUGUCUGACUGAAAUGUACAUACAUUAGAAUAUUUAUAUAUAUUAUGAAGUGUCUGGUAUGAAAAAGGUCUCAGAAUUAUAUUUAUGUGAUAUUUUAAAGUUGGUGCAAUUAAUUUAUUUGUUGAUGCAGCAGUGGAAUAUGUCCGACCAAAGAGAAUGGUUGGUGAAUCAAUCUGUCUGCGGUUGAAAUGUUAUUAAUUAAUAAAUUCAAGAAUCCUUAAUACAAUGACAUGAGUUUAAAUGAAUAUAGCAUCUGUUCUGACUCAUUAUGUGGUUAACAGAAUCUGUUACUGUGUUGAUGUAUAUUUGUUGUGCAUCUCUUGGAGUUGUGCUUCUGUUGGCUUGUGUCGACAUAUACAUUCACUGCGUGUUGAUAAUGAAGUCAUUGUAUUAAUAUAUAAAUGAACUGAUUGUAAAAUGUAAGUUUACGGUUAGUAUGUGUGUGUAAUAUACAUACUGUAUAUGGAGGGGUCUGCGGGCAACACCAAAAUCUCCAUUGUUUAGUUGAACGGGGGGGUGUGAAUCUUACUGCUGCCAUGUGUAUCUGUUUGUGGUCUGGUGUCAUAAACCGACCAAUGCUUUGUGAUGAAAUUAAAGUGUCUUUGUGUGGAAGAUAACACUGAAUUUUGUUCUCGUGAUUAUUAUUAAUGUACUUUACAGUCAAGACUUUCAGGUAUGUGUCUAUACUGAAAUUAACUUUCAAAAAUAAACUCAGCCUGAGAAAUA